AGUCACAGGAACCUGAGGGCCGCUGAUCUGACAGAAACAGAGAGAGGUCCUCAGGAACGUGUUUCAAGUUGCUGCCAGCCACGUCUCCGCACGCCAUGGGAAUAUCCGCUGUUCUGCAGAGUUCUGCACGAUAACGCUUUAAACGCUCUAAUAUCCUUUGUCGGGUUCAUCAACGGUGGUAAAUUUAUUUUCUGAACGUUUGGAGUCGUUCAUAUUUUAUUACACUCAGCAGAAGCAGCGUUCACUGAGAUUCAGCAGCAACAUGCGGUGAGAACCUGUUUGAUCAGCGUGCAGAGCAAAGGAUCUGAGAAGGACCUUUAAGAGGUGAACGCAUCAUUCAGCAGAACAGCUGAUGAAGGCUUCCUGCCCAGAUCCGCAUCCACCUCUUUUCUCAGCACAAACGAGCGUCACCGGCUGCGGGAACUUUUCGGCGGGCGUGCAGAACUCUGCAUGACCAGGGAGACGCCGACAGCAGAAACAGCUGAUCAGACGAUGAGAAGGAUGAUGGAUAAAAGACAAAGAAAUUAGGAGCGGAUGGUGCUCUUAUGAUGAGAAGCGUUUGUCUUUCUUGCACGCCAUAUGCAACAAACUAACUUGGAGUUAGGAAGCAAUUUCACAGAUCUGGGGUUUGAGCCCACAUGUCCAGGCGUGAGCCGGGCGUCGCACCUACAGGUGAGGUGAAAUGAAUUUAGGCUUUUGUCGGAUCGUCGUUCGCUCAGUGUGUUUCUUGUCUUCUGUUCGUGGUUUUGGAUUUGGUUGCUUUGAGUUUUGGCCAGCUCUCCUGCCUGCUUCAGCAUUACUCUACAGAGCAACACGAUGCUUCACGGUGAGGCGUGUUUGUGUCACCUGGUGAAGAUCUCAAAGGCGCUCGGCACAAUGGGGCUCCUAAACCUCUGAGGGCCGAGCACAAAAGCACCAGGGGGAAGAGGACGAAUAAAAGCCAAGGGAGGAGGGAAGACGAGGACAAAAGAGGAGGAGGCGGAAGAGGAGAAGGAGGGAAGAGUCUUGCCCGGCGCCAGCCAAGCAGGAGUGGGCGGAGAAGGAGAAGGAGGGAGGGAGAUUUGAAAGGAGGGAUUUGCUCUAUCUGUCGGGGGUGCAUGCUUCCCCCUCGCCCACUUAGACAUCCUCCUUUUUAUUUUUGUUUUCUGCAUCAGUGACAGGCCGACAAAAGGCAAAGAAUGCGUAAUAAACUAAGUUUGGGAUGCCUCGGGGCGAGCAGGGGCCUCGAUGUGAGACUACCCAGGACUAGAGCCUUGCUGCUGGGCUUGCUUCUCGCCGCAGCGGGCUGGCUCCCUCCGCCGGCCCACGCAGAGGUGGAGAUCAACGUGCUGGGCGAGAUGGUGUACGUGGAAGAAGGCGAGAGGGGGGGCGGAAGGAGCGAGCUGGAGGCCUCCAUGCACUCCUCCUUCAUUCAGGACUUCCAGGAAGCGACCGAAGGUAUCCGGGCGAUGGAGGAUGUCGCAGGUGAGGCCGCGGUGACUGGGCAGAACAUGGCCGCACCCACCGCCUUCCCAGACUCCUCGGCGGUGGUGGGUCGGAUCUUCCAGAUGAAGGUGCCAAACAAGAUGGAGGAUGUUUACCUGGGUGAUAUUGUCAAGAUCACAGAGAUGGGGAAGGAUUCCCUCCCUGCCUGGCUGCACUGGGACGCCAACAGCAGAAUCCUGCAGGGUCUACCACUGGAGGAGGACAAAGGGGUCCAUUACAUUUCUGUAUCCAUCUCCAGCCACACAAAAGCUUCUUCUUCUUCGGAGGUGUUUUCCAUCGAGGUACACCCUGAAGAUCAUUUGGACGCAGAUUCGGCCCAGCUGGCAUCAAACCAAGUCUCCAUUGAAGACGACGUCCAGCCGUUCAUGUGCGGCAACGAGGAACCAGUCACGGUGCUGACGGUGAUCCUCGACGCAGACUUGACCAAGAUGAGUUCAGAACAGAGGGUGGAGCUCCUGGAUAACAUGAGGAGCUUCUCUGGGGUGGGGCUCCAGCACAUGAAGAUACUCCCUGUAGUCAACAACAGACUGUUCGACAUGUCUGCAUUCAUGGCUGGGCCGGGGAAUGCAAAAAAGGUGGUGGAGAAUGGCGUUCUUUUGUCCUGGAAGCUGGGCUGCUCGCUGGAGCAGAGCACAGUCCCAAAUAUCAACAGUGUCCAGGGUCCUGCAAAGGAAGGCACAAUGUCAGCCAAACUGGGCUACCCUGUGGUGGGAUGGCACAUUGCCAACAAGAAACCCCACGUCUCUAAGAGGGUGAGGCGCCAGUUAAACAACACUCCAACACCUGUUCUGGCAGUACUUCCUCCAACAACUAUAGUGGAGCCUCCAGUGAGGAUUAUCCCAACCCUCUCCUCUCCCUCUAUUGCUGCACCAACCGAAAGCUCUGCUCCGCCAGUAAGAGGCCCUGUUCCUUUACCAGGCAAGCCUACGAUCAGAAUCCGUGACCCUAUUGCCCACACCCCGACGCUGGGACCUCCUCAACCAACAAGGGUAAUGGAGACCACCAGCACCAUUCCUAUCCAGCCAACCAUGACCAGGCCUACUUACGUGGAGGCCACUGCAACACCACCCACACCUACUAGAAGACCUACCAAGAAACCUAAGAGACCCAAAACCACACCGGUGACCAGAGAGUCAAAGACCUCCACAGCCAAACCGUCCAGGCGCACCACACCAUCGCCUGCCGUCAUCCCCGAUCCAUUCAACGAGAAGCCUGUCUUGCGUAACCCCAUCGACCAGGUAAACGCGUUGGUGGGCACCUAUUUCGAGGUUAAGAUCCCAUCUGACACAUUCUUUGACAAAGAGGAUGGCACAACAGACAAGCUGCGCCUAACUCUGAGACAGAACCACAAUGAAGUGGUUGGAGAGGGCUCCUGGAUCCAGUUCAACACCACCAGCCAACUUCUCUAUGGCCUGCCAGAUGUCCAGCAUGUGGGGAAACAUGAGUACUUCAUGCAGGCAACUGAUAAAGGUGGCCUGAAUGCAAUCGAUGCUUUUGAGGUCCGUGUAAACCGCUGGCCCUUAAAUGACAAGACCCCUGUGAUCUUCACGGCCCGAUUCGACGGGGAGCCGCGGUCAAUAACAAAUGACAUCCACAAGAAGAUCCUUCUGGUCAAGAAACUGGCUUAUGCACUGGGGGACCGCAACAGCAGUACAGUCAGUCUUAGAAAUAUCAGCAAAGGAUCCAUUGUGGUGGAGUGGACCAACACCAGCCUCCCGCAUCACCCAUGUCCAAAGGAGCAGCUCACAGCUAUGAGCAGGACGCUCGCCAAUGCUGACGGAAAACCCUCACCGACCUUCAGGUACUCUAUGGAGCCUGAAUUCAGACCUCUGGACGUCAUGGUCAAAGGAAGGGCAAGCUGCAGAACAUAUUCCUUCAUCCCACCAGGAGAGAUUGACAUACCAGAACCCCCGGCAGUAACUCCAGCUCUGGGAACAGGCCGGCAGAGCACAGACGAUGUCUAUCUCCACACAGUCAUUCCCGCCGUGGUGGUGGCAGCGAUCUUGUUGAUAGCAGGUAUCAUAGCGAUGAUCUGCUACAGGAAGAAAAGAAAGGGCAAGUUGACCAUCGAGGAUCAGGCCACCUUCAUCAAAAAAGGUGUGCCAAUUAUCUUUGCCGAUGAGCUUGAUGACUCUAAGCCGCCUCCAUCUUCCAGCAUGCCCUUGAUUCUACAGGAGGAGAAGCCCCCGCUUCCACCCCCUGAGUACCCCAACAUGGCCACGCCAGAGACCACUCCCCUGAACCAGGAGUUGCUGGGGGAGUACACAGCUCUGCGUGACGAGGACCCCAACGCGCCUCCCUACCAGCCACCGCCUCCCUUCACCACUCCCAUGGAGGGCAAGGGCUCCCGUCCCAAGAACAUGACUCCCUACAGAUCUCCACCUCCCUACGUGCCACCCUAAGACUCGUUUAACCCUCCCCGCAUAGGGUGGAGGGAGAGGGUGCCUGAGGAACUGUGACGGUUUCCAUUCUGGUGUUUGUCUGUCUGGACAUUUACAGGGAGAGAUGACAAGAGGUGCUAAAGUACAAAACUACAGGGGACUUUGGUUUGGGAGGGGGAGUAAUGGGUCGGGUGGGGUUUUUCAGUAGACCGAUGGGAUGAUUGGUUGAACCAGCUGGGUGGGACUACUGUUUUAGUGGUAGCCCAGCUACUACAGUGGCCUAAGAUAAACAAAUUGUCGUCACAUUGGCUUUCGGAUCGACCAGUUGGUCAGAAGCGACGAUUGGGAGACAUGUUUUCCCUUCCCAGCAUUUCAUUUUUUUCUCCUCGGUUGAUAUAAUUUACCAGCUUUUAUUUAGUUUUUUCAUCAUUAUCCCAAGGUUAUUCUUUUGUUUUUCCUGGACUGAACCGUUUGCCUAACAGAUCUUCUUUUGUCUUGCUUUUAAAUAAUAUGAGGAGACAGUGAACUGCCAUCAGACCACUGCAGGCAACAACUCGUGUUUUUAUUAAGGAGCGUGAGAUUCUCUGAAUAUGAGAAAAGCUCUCACGAGGAUCUUAAGUCACCCCUGCAGACGACACAAGAGAAUGGGAGGCCGAGGUGUGUGUGUGUGUGUGUGAAUGAGUGGGUGUGUUUAUUCAGAUUCAAUACGGUUUGCCUUUUAACACUAGUUGUCUGUUCCUAUCCUUAUUCACAAUGUCUAGUAAAGAUGAGAAUAACAAGGUAGCCUAAAAAAAGAUGUAGAGAUGAAUAAUAAUUUGUUUGUUUCAUUGGUUUUAAAAUUCACUGUAUAUCUGGAAGAUGUUCUGAUAGAUUGUGUUAUUUUUUUCUUUUUUGUUGGUGGUUGGAAGAAAGCGGAGAAAGAAAAGGACUGCCUUGCUAAAAUAACCUGCAGGAGCUCUUUACUCCUGUUUUGAUUUAACAAAAUGCCAAUUACAGUCCAUUAGGUGAAACCCCACCUUUCUCUCAGCUGCCAUCAGCAGAUCAAUAAAGCAACAAGAAAACUGGGUGGGGUGAGAAAACUACUGUUUUUAUUAUGAAAGAGAUUAUCUAACUAACUUGUAAAUGCAGAGUUUAGUGUGGAUUUGGAUGCAAAAUGUAUAGUUUUAUGCAGAUUUCCGUUCGUGCGAUUUUACCUCAAUUUGGCAACGGUGUUACUGGAGGUUAACAAAAGUACAGCAGAAGUGAAAUGCCAUUCUCCGUACACGUACGUGCACAGGAAAAGGACCCCUUGCGUUUAUUUUGGACCGGGGAUAAUUAUUUUUUUAUGUAACGAGGCAGGAACUUUGUGUGCCAUGGAGACUCUCCCAGAUGUUCAGAUGUUUAGAGGUUGCAGGUUGUGGCUGAGAUCGAGGCAGAGAGAACCUUGAAUUUCCAAUAAUUAGCUGACUGAAAAACGGUUAAUGAAAUUCUCCUUCUAAUUUUUUUACAAAGUUUUUGAUACAGCCUCAAAUUGUUUGAUUAUUAAAAUAAAACAUGAUUAAUGA